AUGUUCCCUGCUGAGUGUCUGCCUUCAAACUACUUCGAGGCUCGUGUGGAACAAGAGAAGGCUCUGCAAAUGGCAGCCGCCGAGAAGAAACCCACACACCUCGCCCAGCCCAUGCCGCAGCGCCCUACUGUGUCGCGCGCACUGUCGUCGGCUCUGCUCAGCUUCUUCCCUUCGUCGACAGCCACUUCUCCUUCGGCUACACCCAUGCCUUCGCCUGGUCUGCAGCAGUCUGCUAAGAUGAGCUGGUUUGCUCNNCCCUUGCCCAAGGCUUCUGAGGCGGACAUUGCUGUGAGUUUGGAUACAUACCCUUAA